GCACCUCGACCGUCGCCAGCGGCGGGAAGAAAACGGCCACCUUCAACGACGAGCAAGUGACGUGCAUCGCGGAGGCUCUGCUCGCCGCGGGGAAUGUGGACAACAUGGAGAGGUUCCUGCACGCGCUCAGCCCGAGCGGGCUGCCGCGCACCAACGAGUCGGUGCUGCGCACGCGCGCCGUCGUGGCCUUCAGCCGGGGCGCCUUCCACGAGCUGUACAGCAUCCUGGAGGGCCACGCCUUCGACCCGCGCCACCACAACAAGCUGCAGCAGCUCUGGUUCACGGCGCACUACCGCGAGGCGGAGCGCGUGCGCGGCCGGCCGCUGGGCGCCGUCGACAAGUACCGCCUGCGCAAGAAGUACCAGCUGCCCAAGACCAUCUGGGACGGCGAGGAGACGGUCUACUGCUUCAAGGAGCGCUCCCGCAACGCGCUCAAGGAGUGCUACAACCGCAAUCGCUACCCCACGCCCGACGAGAAGAAGUGCCUCUCCAAGAAGACGGGCCUCACGCUCACGCAAGUCAGCAACUGGUUCAAGAACCGCCGCCAGAGGGACCGCCCGGUGCCGCACAGAGGGGAAUUUCAUACACAUUACGCUCCUAGGGCGUAUUUCGUCUACUAAAGCCGCUUACAUAAGUAUAUCACGCUGCGCUAAACAGCGUGAAGUACAAGUUAC